GUGACAUCAGUUGCAAGGGGAUGACCGAGCGCAUUCACAGCAUCAACCUUCACAACUUCAGCAAUUCCGUGCUCGAGACCCUCAACGAGCAGCGCAACCGUGGCCACUUCUGUGACGUGACGGUGCGCAUCCACGGGAGCAUGCUGCGCGCACACCGCUGCGUGCUGGCAGCCGAGCCCUUCUUCCAGGACAAGCUGCUGCUGGGCUACAGCGACAUCGAGAUCCCGUCCGUGGUGUCGGUGCAGUCGGUGCAAAAGCUCAUUGACUUCAUGUACAGCGGCGUGCUGCGCGUCUCGCAGUCGGAAGCCCUGCAGAUCCUCACGGCCGCCAGCAUCCUACAGAUCAAAACAGUCAUCGAUGAGUGCACGCGCAUCGUGUCACAGAACGUGGGUGAUGUGUUCCCGGGGACAGACUCAGGCCAGGACACGCCACGGGGCACCCCCGAGUCAGGCACAUCGGGCCAGAGCAGCGACACCGAGUCGGGCUACCUACAGAGCCACCCGCAGCACAGCGUGGACAGGAUCUACUCGGCGCUCUAUGCAUGCUCCAUGCAGAACGGCAGCGGGGAGCGCUCCUUCUACAGCGGUGCAGUGGUCAGCCACCAUGAGACCGCACUCGGCCUGCCCCGUGACCACCACAUGGAAGACCCCAGCUGGAUCACGCGCAUCCACGAGCGCUCUCAGCAGAUGGAGCGGUACCUGUCCACCACCCCCGAGACCACACACUGCCGCAAGCAGCCCCGGCCGGUGCGCAUCCAGACCCUGGUGGGCAACAUCCACAUUAAGCAGGAGAUGGAGGACGAUUAUGACUACUAUGGGCAGCAAAGGGUGCAGAUCCUGGAGCGCAACGAAUCCGAGGAGUGCACGGAAGACACCGACCAAGCAGAGGGCACUGAGAGUGAGCCCAAGGGCGAAAGCUUCGACUCGGGUGUCAGUUCCUCCAUAGGCACCGAGCCUGACUCGGUGGAGCAGCAGUUCGGGCCCGGGGCAAUGCGGGAUGGCCAGGCCGAACCUGCCCAAGCCGAGCAGGCCACGGAAGCUCCUGCUGAGGGUGGCCCACAGCCGCACCAGCUAGAGACAGGUGCCUCCUCCCCAGAAAGAAGCAACGAGGUGGAGAUGGACAACACGGUCAUCACUGUCAGCAACAGCUCUGACAAGAGCGUCCUGCAGCAGCCUUCGGUCAACACGUCCAUCGGGCAGCCAUUGCCAAGUACCCAGCUCUACUUACGCCAGACAGAAACCCUCACCAGCAACUUGAGGAUGCCUCUGACCUUGACCAGCAACACACAGGUCAUUGGCACAGCCGGCAACACCUACCUGCCGGCCCUCUUCACUACCCAGCCCGCGGGCAGUGGCCCCAAGCCUUUCCUCUUCAGCCUGCCACAGCCCCUGGCAGGCCAGCAGACCCAGUUUGUGACAGUGUCCCAGCCUGGCCUGUCGACCUUUACUGCACAGCUGCCAGCGCCACAGCCCCUGGCCCCAUCCGCAGGCCACAGCACAGCCAGUGGGCAGGGCGAAAAAAAGCCUUAUGAGUGCACUCUCUGCAACAAGACUUUCACCGCCAAACAGAACUACGUCAAGCACAUGUUCGUACACACAGGUGAGAAGCCCCACCAAUGCAGCAUCUGUUGGCGCUCCUUCUCCUUAAAAGAUUACCUUAUCAAGCACAUGGUGACACACACAGGAGUGAGGGCGUACCAGUGUAGUAUCUGCAACAAGCGCUUCACCCAGAAGAGCUCUCUCAACGUGCACAUGCGCCUCCACCGUGGGGAGAAGUCCUACGAGUGCUACAUCUGCAAAAAGAAGUUCUCCCACAAGACCCUCCUGGAGCGGCACGUGGCCCUGCACAGUGCCAGCAACGGGACCCCUCCUGCGGGUACACCCCCAGGUGCCCGCACUGGCCCCCCAGGGGUGGUGGCCUGCACGGAGGGGACCACUUACGUCUGUUCCGUCUGUCCAGCAAAGUUUGACCAAAUCGAGCAGUUCAACGACCACAUGAGGAUGCAUGUGUCUGACGGAUAAGUAGUAUCUUUCUCUCUUUCUUAUGAACAAAACGACAGAAAAGAAACAAAGCUAUGGCACUAGAAUUUAAGAAAUGUUUUGGUUUCGUUUUUCUGUUUUUGUUUUUGUUUCGUUUCAUUUUGUACUACAUGAAGAACUGUUUUUGCCUGCUGGUACAUUACAUUUCCGGAGGCUCGGGUGAAUGAGAGUUUUCCCAGCCUCCCUCGGAUGGUGGCCUUAAGGCCUGGUAGUGCUUCAAGAGGUCCACUGGUUGGAUCUCUAGCUACUGGCCUCUAAAUACAACCCUUCUUUACAAAAAAAAAAAAAAAAAAAAAAAAAAAAAAAAAAAAA